GCUGCGCAGCCCAUCACCAUGAACUUGUUUGUUUUAUUUCCAAAAAAUGUUUCGCUUAUCUCUCGCUGCACCGCAACGCUUAAUAUUAAAUGAAGAGACACGCACACAAAGAACCAAAGCACAGCCAAUGCAACAGCGGCAACCAAUCGGCAAACGCUGACGUGCCACACACCAAGCAAAUUGCAUUGCAUCAACUUUUGUUUACAUUGCGCACGUCGCAAUCAGCUGUCUUUUUCAGCGUUUUUUGAUUAGUGUGCGCGUGUGUAAGAAUUUCCUGGGUGUGCGUGUAUGAGUGUAAGUGAGUGCUGGGCACCAAUUUAUCACUCGCGAGAAAAAAAGUGAAUAUUUCGCAUUUAUAUUGCCAUAGACGCAGUUUGCACAACGUCGACGUGGCCCAAAGUAAAGCAAAUAAGAAAUCUUCAUCUCCAACAUCAUGUGCGGCAUCUUUGCUUAUCUCAAUUAUUUGACGCCCAAAUCGCGUCAGCAGAUUUUAGAACUGCUCGUCCAGGGUCUGAAGCGUCUCGAGUACCGUGGCUACGACUCCACGGGCCUGGCCAUCGAUGCACCCAACGAGGACAGCGAUAUUCUGCUAGUGAAACGGACCGGAAAAGUGAAAAUCCUCGAGGAUGCGAUAGCCGAGGUGUGUCAAGGUGAGGAUUACUCGCAGCCCGUGGACGUACACAUUGGCAUUGCACACACCCGAUGGGCCACACACGGUGUGCCCAGCGAGGUCAACUCGCAUCCCCAACGCUCCGAUGUGGAGAACUCCUUUGUGGUUGUCCACAAUGGCAUCAUUACCAACUACAAGGAUGUGAAGACGCUGCUGGAGAAACGUGGCUACAUCUUUGAGUCCGAUACGGACACUGAAGUCAUUGCCAAGCUGGUGCAUCAUCUGUGGCAAUCACAUCCCGGCUAUAGCUUCGGUGAGCUUGUCGAGCAAGCAAUCCAGCAGCUGGAAGGCGCUUUUGCUAUCGCUUUGAAGUCCAAACAUUUCCCUGGGGAAUGCGUUGCCUCGCGUCGUGGUUCUCCGCUACUGGUGGGCAUCAAGGCCAAGACUAAGCUGGCCACCGAUCAUGUGCCCAUACUCUACACCAAGGCGCAUCGUCCUCAUGGUCAGCAGCAGUUCCAUGUGCUGCCGGGUGGAAGUGGCGAAGUUAGUGCCGAGUUUCAGCCGUUGGAGCAUAAGGAAGUCGAGUAUUUCUUCGCAUCGGAUGCCUCGGCGGUGAUUGAGCACACGAAUCGUGUCAUCUACCUGGAGGAUGACGAUGUGGCGGCCGUGAAACGCGAUGGCACACUCAGCAUACAUCGCCUGAACAAAUCCUCAGAUGAUCCGCAUGCCAGGGAGAUCAUUACACUGAAGAUGGAGAUACAGCAGAUCAUGAAGGGCAACUACGAUUACUUCAUGCUUAAGGAGAUCUUCGAGCAGCCCGAAUCCGUGGUCAAUACGAUGCGAGGACGCGUCCGCUUCGAUACCCAAUCGGUAGUCUUGGGUGGCAUCAAAGAAUAUAUCCCGGAGAUCAAACGAUGCAGGCGACUCAUGCUCAUCGCUUGUGGCACUUCGUAUCACAGCGCUGUGGCCACGCGACAGCUGCUCGAGGAGCUCACCGAACUGCCCGUGAUGGUGGAGUUGGCUUCGGAUUUCCUCGAUCGCAAUACGCCUAUUUAUCGCGAUGAUGUUUGCUUCUUCAUCUCGCAAUCCGGCGAGACAGCGGACACUUUGAUGGCUUUGCGUUAUUGCAAGCAACGUGGAGCGUUGAUUGUGGGCAUCACCAACACCGUGGGCAGCAGCAUCUGUCGUGAAUCCCACUGCGGUGUGCACAUCAAUGCCGGACCAGAGAUUGGCGUCGCCUCCACGAAAGCGUACACUUCACAAUUCAUUUCGCUUGUGAUGUUCGCUCUGGUCAUGUCCGAGGAUCGUUUGUCGCUGCAGCAGCGACGUCAGGAGAUCAUCGCUGGCUUGGCGCAGCUCGAUCAGCACAUUCGCACUGUGCUCCAACUGAAUAGCCAAGUGCAGGAGCUGGCCAAGGAGCUGUAUAAGCACAAAUCGCUGUUGAUCAUGGGACGUGGCUUCAAUUUUGCCACCUGCUUGGAGGGCGCAUUGAAGGUGAAGGAGCUGACCUAUAUGCACAGUGAGGGCAUCUUGGCUGGCGAGUUGAAACAUGGUCCCCUGGCGCUGGUGGAUGAUGAGAUGCCGGUGCUGAUGAUUGUGCUGCGUGAUCCGGUUUACAUCAAGUGCAUGAAUGCCUUGCAACAGGUGACAUCGAGGAAGGGACGUCCAAUACUCAUCUGCGAGGAGGGUGACGAGGAGACGAUGGCAUUCUCCACACGUUCGCUGCAAAUACCACGCACUGUCGACUGUCUGCAGGGCAUAUUGACGGUCAUUCCCUUGCAACUGUUGUCCUAUCACAUCGCUGUCUUGCGUGGCUGCGAUGUCGAUUGUCCGCGUAAUUUGGCCAAAUCCGUGACCGUUGAGUAGUUGAAGCAACUGCCAAGAAGCACAGCAUCAAGAAUUCCAUUUUACUGACCGUCUUUCGAUUGUAUUUUUUAAUGAAAUACUAUAUAUUUUCGUGUAGUUGUAAGUUGCUAACAUUUUUGGAUUUCAAUUGUUUUCCCUCACAUACUCUUUGUCAUUUUGUUUUGUUGUCGACACCCAAUUUCGUGUGUUUAAAAAGUUAUUAAAAUUUGUGUAUUUGCGUAGUUCUAAUA